AUGUGUAAUCAGAUACGCGCCAAACAGCCGAUCCAAAUGAUCUUGCCGGCUUUCCCCUUCAAAUCUCCGAACCGGGAGAAUAAGGUCUUGGGAAGCCUUCCUGAUAAAGGCGAAGAGAUUUCUCUCGCGCACCUUAAUGGACUCUGCGCUGCUAUUGGUGACGUCUAUGACUAUGGCGCUAAACUCACCAUCGUGUCUGAUGGCCUCGUGUACAACGAUAUCCUCGGCGUGUCUGACAGAGACGUCUGGGAGUAUAGCCAUGCACUGAGGGAUAUGGCAGCCGAAAACAAAUACAACCAUAUCGAUUUCGCCAGACUGCGCGACCUUGUUCAUAUUCAUGAAAACGUCAACCUUGAUGGCGAGACGUACGAGAAAUUGGCUCCAGAGUUUCGCCAGGAGCUGAUUAGAAGGUACACACCGGAGGGAUUUGACGCCGCUGUCAAGAUCAAGUCCGAUGAAAACAUCUGCACCACGUACCGAGGAUACAUCAAGUUUUUGACCAAGGACUUGGAACACCUUCAUGUAGAUGAUGGUACCAAGUCUCGCAAAUCGCAUAAGAAACAUUUGGGAGAUGUCGCUAAAUCCAUGAUAGAACGGGGCGCGGCCUUCGCAGAAGCUAUAUCAAGGAACUUCCCAGGUUACAUUCGUCUUUCCAUCCACCCUUCAAAUGGAUUAACCAAGAUCUCCAUAAAUGUUCUCCCGAGAACUCCAACGCCAGUCACACCAUGGCAUUCAGCACUUUGCUAUACUGUUGACGGCGGCUUUAUGUAUGGAUGGCGAGAGAUUUUCGACGCGGACCCAAGACUGGAGGUGGUUCUCAAGAACGGACAUCCAUGGUGCUACCGGUUUAAAUCUGAGCUGUAUAACUGGUCAUCGCCGGUGACAGUCGACCCCAUCUAUCCCUGCGGUAUGAUGGUUACUCCUGUCAAUCCAACCUCAAUUGGCGCAAUCGACAAGGAGAAAGUCCAGGCUCUAGCAAACGAGAACUCGCCUAUCCUCCUUCGCGGAUUCACAGACAGUCAUGACCACGAGCUGAUCGCGCAGAAAGCCGAGAGUUGGGUGCCCUUCGAUGGGGCAGCUGAAAUAACGAAGGAUAAAGACGCCGACAACACGAAGCAGUCCCCAAUUUCAUCUCCAUCCAAAUAUCAAAUGAUCACCGCCACUGUCCCCAUCUCAGAGAAAACCCGACGCAGUCUCUUCUCCGCUUCAUCUCUGUUCUUCUCCCACCUUCCAGCCAGCUACACCGUCGAAAUGCUCCAGCAGUUCUCCUGGAAGGCAUCAGGCUCAACCACCAACACCAACACUAAGACUAACAGUCUGCCCUUGAUCACACCACACUUCUCGCAUGGCCGGCCCUGCUUCCGUUACCAUCCACUCCUCUCUCAAAGCAACAUCACCUCGGAAGCCACCUACGCCAUGGAAGACAUUUCAGACGCUGACUCAAAUAGACUAUGCAAUGUUCUGAAUCCUCUUCUCUACGACCGCAGGGUUUGUUAUUGGCAUACCUGGGAACAAGGGGACGUUGUCUUUUACGAUACCUUCACUACGACUCUGACUUGGGAGCCGGCUGAAGAAGAACCGGUUCUUUUCUUGUUGCAUUCGGGAUUUCCAUGCUGACUUUGAUCUUACCUUUGGGGUUUAGUACCGGUCUGAUCUCUUGAUAAUGGUCACUUUAUUAUCCCUGGAUUACUCUUCCAUCUUACUGCGGGGUCAAUAUUAAGUACCCAUGGACGAUACGAUAUGAUGACGACUUCUCAG